GUUGUAGUGCAACUAUGCCUCGUUCUUUCUUGCGAUCUGUCACAGUAUCAAAACCUACACAAAAAGUUUGGUCUACUAGUAAGGGAAGAAACCACGGGACUCCAGCUCCGUCUUUGGAUUUCUCUCCACCAGUGGAUGGCUCAUCACUUGGUGAAUUUCCCGACCAAAGCCCGGAAAAUGUCGCCUCUGAAGACGAAUCAUCCAGAUAUUAUGACGACAUGUAUGAAAGUGACACAAAAUCGCUAAGAAAGGAUUAUUUGAAAGACAUCACGGGACGCAUGGCGCAGCUUCUUAGUGAUUAUGAAGAAACGUACCGACUUGAAGAUGUAGAGGAUUAUAUUGGCGAUCUAGGAGAGCAAGCUGCCCAACUAGACAACAAUGAGUUGAAACACAAUAUCAAGAGGCUAAUGCAGGAUUACAACACCAUGUGUUUAGAACGAGAAGAGAUUCUGCUGUCUCUAGAUGACUGGUUUGGCAGCGUUGAGGAGCUGGAUGUCGGAAUUGGUAGUACUUCACUCAGGGAUAGCAUUGAAGAGGGGAAGAAGGUGUCUGAACGUCUACAAGACGUGAAAGGGCAGAUUACAAAGCUUGCUAGCUAUGGUGACUCUGUGCAGCAUUUGAUAGCUGAAAAGAAGAAACUUGAGAAAGAGUUACUCAAGGCUAAAGUGAACGCUGAAAAGGUCCAAGCAGUAGGUAACAAAGAACUAAAAGAGGCAGUAGAAGGUACCCGAGAAAAGAAUAAUGUUUGGAAGUACGCAGCUUCAGAGGUGUGUAAGCUGUUGUCCAAAGUGCGAGAUUCUGGAGACAGUGAGAUUGCUGGCUUGAUUGGAGAGAUGGAUGAGAUGAUCAAGACCCUGGACGAACGAUCAACUAUCAUUGAAAAGCUUCGUCUGGACAUUAAACGAUUGGGAAUAGAAGUAAAGCAAUACAAAGAAAAAGUAGGGAAGUAUAAAAUUGUACAAGAGCGGCAUGCUAUGGAGAAAGAAAUGUGGUCAAGCCAGCUGAAAGCCUUCAAAGAGAAACUUCUCGAGUCUGAGAGGCUGCACGAAGAGGCACAAGCAUCACGUGAGCAGGCAUUACUGGAACUAAAAGAACGACAAGAAAAGCACAGCAAAGAGCUUGUGACUCGUUCUCAGAAUAAUAACUUUCGGAGGCAACCGACUGCUGGUCGUCUAGCGAAGUUACGAAGGCAGAAAACGAUGGAAGGAGCAGGAGAUGUGGAAGAAGAAGAUGCGAUUGAAGAUGAGUUAUUUGAAGUGGAGGAGGAAAGUAAUGUCGUGGCCGAACUACAGACUCAAGUUGAGACAUUAGAGAAGGACAACAUACACUUGAAGAAGAAGUUAGAUUACAAGGAAAGAGAAGUUACGGCGUUGCAGUCUCAGAUAGAUGAACUAGAAGAACAGCAGCAGACUACGUUGGCCGCACUUGCGAGAGCAGCUGAAGAGAAAGAGGUAAUGAUUCAGAGAUACGAACAAAAAGAGCUUGAAAUCACACAGCAUCUGCCAGUCGAAGAGGAUGUGGAGAUGGAGCAGGAAGCUUCUGACACAGAUGAGGUUUGUGAGACCGUAGCGUCUCCUGAAGUAGCAAGACCUGAGUUGGUAGACCAGGCUGUUCAGACGGAUUUUCCAGAACCAAAAAUAAGUAAACCAGUUGUUGUCGAAAUGCGCGAAAAUGAAGUCUUGGAAGAGUCAAUUGAGAAAAUAGAGUCUAAACCGUUUUGUCAUGAUCAGCAUCUACCAACAAGUGAAUCAAGUUACAGUGAACAUGUUACGCCUAUGAUGUCUUCUAGUAGCAUCAAAGAGACCGAUGUCCUUCCUGAUUCGUUUGUGGCUGUCGACAGCCAACAACACGCAUCCAGUAGUGACGACUCUAGGAGUGGAGACCCGUUACCCUUACCUUGUCUAUGUCCUGCCCAAAUCGAUUUGAGUACUUUUAGUCAAGAUAUUCUGGACGACAGUAAACGUGAGGCCAGUGAUAUUACGUUAGCCACCAUGUCAACGGUUUUCUCCUCUGAGACACUGAAACCUUCUUCUUCAAGUGAUAAGGCUGUUACUGCAGCAAGAGCUGAUGCUACAGGAGAAGUCGACAUUGAGAUCGAUGAGGUCGACAAUGCUUCUAGUGCACAAGAGUACGUGUAUAACAUGGUGUCUCGAAUUGGUGAUGUUAUUACGACGUUUGUUGACAAGGCUUCAUGUCUUGUAGAGACAGAAAGUUUUAAUGUGGUCGAAGCUGUUGAGUCGAAAGGUCGACACGUCGAUGAACAAGGUGUGGUGUAUUGGACAAGUCAGAUCAAUUUGGCAAAGACCGAGGCUCCCGAGAGCCCUACAGAGAGCGAACUGGAUCAAGAGAUUCACCCAUCAGACUAUGAGUCUCCUUUGUGUUCGUUAGUCAUUGAUACACUGGAAGGAGAAUGGUGGCAAAACGUAUCAGUUUCCCGUGCGUUGUCUGGCAUCGGGACUCAUUGCGUUAACGUUCUCAAAUUAUGCAACGAAUUGUUUGUUGAUCGUAUGAUGAAGCAGAAAGAGAUCGAUGAAGCCAGGUCAGCACGAAGAGAUAUGACUCAACAACUGAGAAUUCAGCAAGCUCGAUUGAGAACGGUCGAUAAAGGAAACAGACAUGUUAGUAGAAGCGACAGUACGGAGAGUAUCGACAGCAAAGCGGAAUUUUCCAAAAGACAAUUCUACUCGGAAAAGGGCCAUGGACGGGGUACACGUGCACGUGUAGUCCACGCCGGCGACACCGACAGGCAAGCCGUCGUCAUACUACGUGUGACAGUGCACCUCCUGUACCGUUCGAGCGUUUUCGAUGGGACGUUCGAUAGAGAGCCACGACAGAGCAUUCAGUUGCAGGAAUUUGUGUUUGAACCGAAAUAUCCUUACCUCCAACAAAUAUCACAUGGAUCGUCGGCGGGAAUAAUUUUGCCUCCCUCGGGGAGGCGCUCACAUUCUGCUACUCCACUUCCUACAACGAGUGGUGAAGAGAUGGAGCCGCUUCUUCAACAAGUCACCUUAUCUCUGUCUGCACCAAAAGUGCAACAGACGAACAACAGACGAGAUUCACUGAUGAUCGGCAGCAGACACGUUAACAUUUCAGCUUUUCGGCCAUCGCGGCCACCAGUAGGAACGAGCGCUUGGUCGUCAGAUCGGUCGCGAUUUGGCAAGAGGAGGCACAGACAUCCUACAGGUGGCGCACAAGCUGCACGAUUGUCAUCUUUUAUCUCUGUUGUCAAAGUGGAAGAUGAUGAGGGCAAACAACAUGGCGUAAUGAAUGACAGCAAAGGACAAGUACAUAGCCAGACGUUUGGAUCUGAAACUGAGCCUGUUUCUCGUUCUCGACGGCGUUUCCUCGCUGCGGCACAAGCAGUUUCGUCUCGGUCUGGUGGGCAAUCGCGGUUCGCAGCGCAAAAUCGCAAACGCGGGGUCGAUGAGCUUAAAAAGGGUUUGACGCCCGGUCUAGGGACUCCGUUCGUCUCUGUACUGAAAGUCGAAUCGGACCGUGAUUCGGACACGGAGACAGAGAUGGAGAAGGAGAAGGGAAGGCGGAAUACGGUCAAAGUCGAUCUCAAUGGACAAACUUCGGUCGCUUUUCCUGAGAUGAAUCUUCCACAUGCUCGCCAACGUCGUCCUGCUGUAACUCUUUCUCCUUGGCCAGGGCAACAUUCUACGAGGCCGCAAGGUAAGGGCGGUACUACCGAAGAGAAAGACGUGGCAUCUGGUCAUAUAAUGGUUCCGUCCAACUCUAUCUUUACAAGAGAACGAGAGACCGACAAACGCGCUUUGUUGAAGGGAGGCAACAAGAACGCAAUGUUGAACGAUCUUGCAGCAAUGAAAUUUCAACGUCGUCAAUCGGCAUUGAGCGAUUUGAACUGGUUGGAGCGACGUCCACUCUUUACGACUGCGACUACCAAUAUGUUUUCUGGUCAUGUGACUUCAUCUCUUUCUGUCGUCAAGGAAGACGGGGAAAGAAGUCGACAGAGUAACAACAAACAGAUGCUAAAUGUUUCGCGUCAAUUUUCAAACCAACCUGCUGCCACUCAACCAUCUCAACCGCGCGGGGCUGAAUUGCCGCAGGUGCGCACCGUGACCGCGCCACAGCCGCGUGGCUUUCAAUUCCACAUUUCCAGUACGCCGGUUCUAAAAUCGACUGCGGAAUCGUCGGACUCACGGAGAGACAGGCGAACGGUUCGCGUAAAACCGUUGAUGAAUCCGAAACCGAUGAGUUUGCGACAGAGGCGUUUGAAUAAAAAAAAGUUGCUCGGACAAGCAGCAAACACGUUAGUCUCAGUAGACAGGGACAUCAACGACUUCGUCAAUGCAAUCGGUUUGGGCAUAACAGUAGCCGAUCUCGCCAGCAACAUCGACAGCUACAAGCGCGAAGAUGAAGACUUUGUACACAUGCCUCGUACAGCUAAGCCACCACCUCCCAUCAUCAAUUUCGUCCGACAGGCAGUGGCACCCGUUCUGCCAACGGACAGAUCGUCUGAACUAUCUCAGGCGAAGGCAAGCUCAGAGACAAUCUAAUCGUCAACAAGACUUACUAAUUUGCAGGGCAAGAUUUUAUUGUAUGUUGAACAAACGGAUGAGAAAAGACUGUAUGUACAUUUUAGUUAGCAAGUCUAAUGAUUCAUUGCAACGUGCAGCUUUCAACUCGGCUUCCGUUCACUCGUCUAGGAUAAGAAUAUAAUGAGAUUGACA